AUGUCCACACUGGUGGUCCAGGAGCGCCACCUAUGGCUGACCUUGGCGGAUAUGAGGGAGGCCGACAAGCAUCGCUUCCUGGACUCCCCGAUCUCCCAGGCCGGCCUAUUCGGCGAAGCGGUGGAGGGCUUUGCCCAACAGUUCUCCGCCGCGCAGAAGCAGACGGAGGCGUUUCGACACAUCCUGCCCCGGCGGUCUGCUGCUGUCUCCACCCCACCGCCGGCUGCAGCUCCUCUGUCUGCUUGUCGCCGAGGGUGCCCUCCUGCGGCCUCCACCUCCGCUCCAGCGCUGCCACAGCAGCAGCCUUCACAACGGCCGCAGCGUGGAACUGGCCGCAGGAAACCGGCGCAGCCCGCCUCCGCCCCUGCCAAGCCCGUGAAGCGCCAGGAGGGCGAGGAUGGCGGUGCACGAGACCCUGUCUCCACACGGCCGUCCCCCUCUCCUUUCGCCGAUGGGCAGCAGGGUCCGGUUCGGGGACGCUGUGCCUCCUCACGAGCCCCCUGCCCAGCUAUGGAGCCAGAGAUCGCGGUCCUGCUGGUGAAGGACGCGAUACAGCCGGUCCCUCCAGCCGAGAUGAGGUCGGGUUUCUACAGCCCGUACUUCAUCGUACCCAAGAAAGACGGUGGGUUACGACCGAUCCUGGACCUGCGCGGAGGACGAGGAGCAGGUCCUCUUGGUAGCGCCAUAUUGGCCCAGUCGGACUUGGUUCCCCGAACUGAUGCUCCUCGCGACAGCCCCUCCUUGGCAAAUUCCUCUGAGGAGGGAUCUCCUUUCUCAGAGAGGGGGCACCCUCUGGCACCCGCGUCCAGACUUGUGGAAUCUCCACUUGUGGUCCCUGGACGGGACGCGGAGGUUCUAGGUGGGCUACCUCCAGCGAGCCCGUGUCCUCUCGUGUACUCGCCUCAGGUAGGCAGUAACACCGGACCUGCUCGGUGUCGAUCACGCUUGCUGCGCCAUUCCCCUCUACGGACCGGAUACGUGCGCUUUUUUGCUUCUCAGUUCAGUUCCCCAUGGCGAACCCUGGUGGAGUUCCUCCCGCACCCUCGGCGGUCAGGCGAGGCGGAGCGCCAGACGCCAGGCUCAGCACUCGUGUGCAUGCCCAAGAUCCUAACUCAAGAGGACUGGAACAUGGUUUUGUAUAACGGCAUGGCCUCUACCUCCCCCCUGGCGGCCCUGUAUUUCGUCGCGCUCAUGACUUUUGGGAACUACGUUCUGUUCAAUCUGCUUGUGGCUAUCUUAGUCGAAGGAUUUCAGGCUGAGGGUGAUGCUAACCGUUCCUACUCUGAUGACGACAGAUCCUCUUGUAACUUAGAAGAAACUGAGAAAAAGGACUCACUCCAGCUGUCCGAUCCCAAGAUUUCCACUUUGACCCCUAAUGGGCAUCUGGAUUUGACACCUGCACCCAACGCCAGGGGCCUGUACCCAUCUGAAAGGCUGAGCUUUGCCCUGAGUUCCCGCAAGAGCAGCGUGAGCUCUUUGAGCAGGGCUAGCCUGGAGCAGACGACGCUGUGUCCAGGGCGAGCCUCUAUGUACCACAACUGGGGACAGCCUGCACGACCAGGAAUAUGGAGUCGCAGGUCAAGCUGGAACAGCUUAAGUCGAUCCUCUAGAUGCCUGGGGAUGGGGGGUGGAGGCAGUUUAAGGGUCUGUAGCCCUCACUCUCGCCCCACUGAGCAGGAGUCCUUGCUGUCUCCUCCGCCCCCUCCUCUGCACCCGCCUCUGGUCUCUAGACGCUUCGUCCCGCGCAGAGAACGGCGGGCUCUCUCUUUGGAGCUUCCUGAGCUGCUGCAGGUGCCUGGACUGGCCCUGCCUCCUCUGCAUGCACGGCAACGCAAGAAGAGCUUCUCUGGGGGUCUGGGAAGCGUUGGAGAGCACCAGGACUGUAAUGGGAAGACACCAUCAGUCCAACCACAAAUCAUCAAUGAAGUCUACCCUCAGGUCAAUGCACGCAAGGACAGGGAGGAUCUGGACGAUGAGCUGGACUAUAGUCUAUGUUUCCGGAUGCAGAAGAUGAUAGAGGUGUACAGACCAGACUGGUGUGAGACCAGGGAAGACUGGUCCGUCUUCCUCUUCUCUCCCCAAAACAAGUUCAGGAUGUUGUGCCAGUCCAUUAUAGCCCAUAAGUUGUUUGACUAUGUGGUGCUGGCCUUCAUCUUCUCAAACUGCAUCACUGUGGCUCUGGAGAGACCCAAGAUCCUUCAGGGUAGCCUGGAGAGGCUUUUUCUCACCGUGUCCAAUUACAUUUUCACAGCCAUAUUUGUGGGGGAGAUGACACUCAAGGUGGUGUCUAUGGGUUUGUAUAUUGGAGAGCAGGCGUACUUGCGCAGCAGUUGGAACGUUUUGGAUGGUUUCCUGGUGUUUGUGUCUUUGAUUGACAUUGUUGUGUCAAUGGCGGGCGGGGCUAAGAUACUGGGGGUGCUCAGGGUUCUUAGGCUUCUGCGCACACUGCGCCCCCUCAGGGUUAUCAGUCGAGCUCCUGGCCUCAAACUGGUUGUGGAGACUUUGAUCACCUCUCUAAAGCCUAUAGGAAACAUUGUUCUCAUCUGCUGUGCCUUUUUCAUCAUCUUUGGCAUCCUGGGAGUCCAGCUUUUCAAAGGCAAGUUCUACUACUGCUUGGGCCUGGAUGUCAAAAACAUCACCAACAAGUCUGACUGCCUCUUGGCCAAUUAUAAGUGGGUCCAUAACAAGUACAACUUUGACAACUUGGGGCAGGCCCUGAUGUCCCUGUUUGUGCUGGCAUCGAAGGACGGCUGGGUCAACAUCAUGUAUCAUGGUCUGGAUGCAGUGGCAGUGGACCAGCAGCCCAUAACCAAUAACAACCCCUGGAUGCUGCUGUACUUCAUCUCCUUCCUCCUGAUCGUCAGUUUCUUCGUGCUGAACAUGUUUGUUGGAGUGGUGGUGGAGAACUUCCACAAGUGCCGACAGCACCAGGAGGUGGAGGAGGCCAAGAGGAGGGAGGAGAAGAGACUGAGACGCAUGGAAAAAAAGAGACGGAAGGCCCAGAAGUUGCCCUACUAUGCCAGUUACAGUCAUGUGCGAUUGAUGAUCCACACCCUGUGCACCAGUCACUACCUGGACAUCUUCAUCACCUUCAUCAUCUGUGUAAACGUUGUGACUAUGUCACUGGAGCACUACAGCCAGCCUCAUUCUCUGGAGAUCGCACUCAAGUACUGUAAUUAUUUCUUCACCAGCACCUUUGUGCUGGAGGCUGUCCUGAAGCUCAUCGCGUUUGGCUUCCGACGUUUCUUCAAAGACAGGUGGAACCAGCUGGAUUUGGCUAUAGUGCUGCUGUCAGUCAUGGGCAUCAUAUUGGAGGAGAUCGAGAUCAGUGCAUCUCUGCCCAUCAACCCCACCAUCAUACGUAUCAUGAGGGUCCUACGCAUCGCACGUGCCAUCAUUGAGUCAGUGUGCCAUCAUUCUACAUCUGAACGGGGAGAGGGCGGCAGU